CCCCCCUGCCCCCUUCCCCGAUCUUCCCUCCCCCUCCCCGCUUUUUUUUCCGAAGACACCAUGUCGAGCAAGGCCGAGACCCUGCUCCGGGUAAAGCAGCUGCGCGCCGAGGCGGACGCCCUUGAGCAGUCGAUCCAGACGAUCACUCCCCUGGCCGCGAUUGGCAAGCACUUCGAUGAGAGCCCCGCCACUCCCCUGCUGUCCACCGACCUGGCCGCGCAGCUGGAGCAGCAGGAGCAGCUCAUGCUCAACGAGCUGAAGUCCUACGCCUCCCGUGAUAUGAUCAAGCUCACCCCCCGGACGGAGGUCCUGCCGGCGCUGUCGACCGAGGGCGAGCAGAUCCUGGCCGCCGGGUUCACCCCCGACCUGGACAUCCUCCGCCAGGUGGUGCAGGAGGGCAGCUACGACCUGCCGAAGCCCAACCCCGUGGCCGGGCAGCUGCUCAAGAAGAAGGUGGUCGAGCUGCAGGCCGGGAAGCUGAUGCUCCCCGGCCGCGAGGCGGCCGAGCCUGUGCGCGAGCUGCUCAAGGCCCAGCUGGCCGGUGACGCGGCGGCCGCGGCCGCCGGCGCUGCUGCCCUGGACGCCGACCUGGCCAAGACCUUCGCCCUGCUGUCCGCCGAGCUGGCCACCCAGCAGGAGUACUUCCAGCAUCUGACCGCCAUCUCCAAGGGGGACCACUCGGCCGUCAGCAAGGACAUGAUCGCCGUCUUCACCCGGCGCAAGUGGGCCGCCAACAAGAAGGUCACCGUCCACCUGAUCGAGAAGGGCCCGCAGUUUGCCCUUGAGGUCCAGGUCCAGGCCAAGCCCGUCCUCACCAAGAAGGACCUGGACAACUACAUUGCCGGGCAAAUGGCCCCCUCCCGCUCGCUGAACAUCGACUAUGUCCGCGGCCGUGUUCCGCAAACCGGCCAUCUGCACCCGCUGCUCAAGGUCCGCGAGGAGUACCGCAAGAUCUUCCUCAACAUGGGCUUCACCGAGAUGAAGACCAACAACUUCGUCGAGUCCUCCUUCUGGAACUUCGACACCCUCUUCCAGCCGCAGCACCACCCGGCGCGCGACGCCCAUGACACCUUCUUCGUCCGGAGCCCGGCCAAGGCUGCCCUGCCCACUUCGGCCGAGGGCCCCUGCUAUGUGGAGGCCGUCAAGAAGGUCCACUCCGAGGGUGACUUCGGCUCCAUCGGCCACCGGACCCCGUGGAAGGAGGACGAGGCCCAGAAGAACAUCCUCCGCACCCACACCACGGCCGCCUCUGCUCGCGCCCUGAAGGAGCUGGCCGACCAGGGUGAGUUCCGCCCCGUCAAGUACUUCUCCAUCGACCGCGUCUUCCGCAAUGAGACCCUGGACCAUACCCAUCUGGCGGAGUUCCACCAGAUCGAGGGCCUCAUCGCCGACCGGAACCUCUCGCUGGCCCACCUGCUCAGCACGCUGAAGGAGUUCUUCCGCGCUCUCGGCAUGAAGGACCUCCGCUUCAAGCCGGCCUACAACCCCUACACCGAGCCCUCGAUGGAGGUGUUCGCCUUCCACCCCGGCCUGAAGAAGUGGAUUGAGGUCGGCAACUCCGGUGUCUUCCGCCCGGAGAUGCUUCGUCCCAUGGGCCUGCCGGAGGAUGUGUCUGUCAUUGCCUGGGGCCUGUCGCUCGAGCGCCCGACCAUGAUUCUCUACGGCAUCGACAACAUCCGUGACCUGUGCGGACACACCAUCGACCUGAAGCUGGUCAAGACCAACCCCUUCUGCCGUCUGAAGCCCUCGGACGAGGAGGCGGAGGAGACCUCGACCGCCGCCGCCGCCGCUGCUGCUGCCUCGCAGUAG